CUCAUCUCUCUCUCGCAAGUUCAUCCGCUGAACUUCGACUCCUGCGGAACCUCUCUCUCUCUUCGCCGAUCGCCGAUCUCGUUUCUCCGCGAUUUGAAGUCCCGAUUCGGCUGCCGGAGCAAUCGCCGCGUGUGGUGCAGUGAGCGAACAUGAUUGAUAGGGCACCAGCUACACCAUCCUCUAAGGUGCGAAGAACCCCUUCAUCUACACCAGGGGCCUCACAUCGAGAGGAGAAGAUAUUUGUCACCGUCCGUCUAAGGCCUUUAAGUCGGAGAGAACAAGCAUUGUACGACCUGAUUGCAUGGGAAUGCACUGAUGACAACACUAUCAUUUACAAGAAUCCCAAUCAAGAACGUGGUGCAGCAUCCUACGUAUUUGAUAGGGUAUUUGGUCCUGCAAGUUCGACUUACAUGGUGUAUGAAGAAGGAGCCAAAGAUGUUGCCCUCUCAGCCCUCAAAGGAAUUAAUUCAACUAUUUUUGCUUAUGGGCAAACUAGUAGUGGGAAAACAUACACCAUGAGAGGAAUCACUGAGAAUGCUAUCAAGGACAUCUAUGAACACAUUAAGGAGAACCCGGAGAGAGACUUUGUUCUGAAGGUUUCAGCAUUGGAGAUAUACAAUGAAAGUGUUAAUGACCUUCUGAAUCAUGAUUCUGGUCCUCUUCGACUCCUUGAUGAUCCUGAGAAAGGGACCGUUGUGGAAAAAUUAGUUGAAGUAGUUGUAAAGGACAGUCAACACUUGCAGCACUUAAUUGGUCUUUGUGAAGCCCAAAGGCAAAUUGGAGAAACUGCUCUAAAUGAUAAAAGCUCAAGAUCUCAUCAGAUAAUUAGGCUGACGAUUGAGAGCGCUCUCAGAGAAAACUCGGAGUGUGUGAAGUCAUUCAUUGCCAGUUUGAAUCUUGUGGACCUUGCUGGAAGUGAGCGUGCAUGCCAAACAAAUGCAGGUGGCGCAAGACUGAAGGAAGGCAGUCAUAUCAACCGCAGUUUGCUUACAUUGACUAAUGUCAUUAGAAAGUUAAGGGGGACAUCUUCAGGGGUCAUACCUGGUUCAAAACUCGGCCUCCGGGAAGGACUCACAGGUCGUGAUGGACCAGAGGAAGAGGAAGAGGAAGAGGAAGAAGAGGAUGAUCUAGAACCACUAGUCCGGAUGAGGAGGCAGGAGCACCUGGACAAUCUGCCGGAUCAGGUCGCCCAGCUGAACAAGGAGGAAACACCGGAUCGGGACCAACAUCAACAUCACCGCACAGGCACAGCAUUACUUGAGCAUUUAGGCUGA